GGCCUUAUCAUUUCCAACAAAUGGCUGAUAUCGGAGACCGGCUUCCACAGCACCUCCCUCCUGGCGCUGCUGCACAUGAUGUCCAGCUGCGCGGCCUCGAACACACUCCUGGCGCUUGGGCUGGUGCCGCGGAAGCGGGAGGUGAGCUCUCAUCUGCUAGCCCGUGUGGGGGUGCUGGCCGCGUCCUUCACGUUGGCGGUGGCCACUUGUAUGGCAUCGCUGGCUUACCUGCCCGCCUCCUUCGUACAGGCGCUAGGCUCUACCACUCCCGGCCUUACGGCGGUGUUGGCCUUCCUCAUACAGGGUAGGCGGGAGGCCGCAGUAACGUACCUGGCUCUGGUGCCCGUGGUGGUGGGUAUCGUACUCGCCUCCGGAGGGGAGCCCCAGCUGCACCUGCUUGGCCUGGUGCUGCAGCUCGUGGCAUGUCUGGCCAGGAGCUUCAAAACGGUGCUGCAGGCAGUGCUCCUGACGGACGAGCGGGACCGGCUGCACCCCAUGACCCUGCUGGCCUACACCUCAGCCUUGUCCACCGCCAUGUUGGCGCUGCUCACCGCCAUCACCGAGCCGCGGAGCCUCCAUCAGGCUGCUAGACUGCACGCGGCGCACCCCCACUUCGCACCGCUGCUGGCGCUGUCCUGCGGACUCGCCUUCCUGGCCAACUGGACCAACUUCCUAGUAUCCAAGAAGCUGGGGGCACUGACGCUGCAGGUGCUGGGCAAUUUUAAAAAUGUGGUGGCGGCCGCCGCAGCAGUGGCCGUGUUCUCGGAUCCAGUCACUCAGCUUGGGUUGGUGGGGUACGGCAUGACGACAGCCGGUGUCUUCACCUACUCG